CGUUCCCCAAAGGCCGGCGUUUGAAAAAGCGGGCCAGUCCACCUGACCGCAUACACACAAGGGAGGAGGAAAGAGAAACAGGCUCCUACGUGUCGUCGCCUACGUGUCUUUCGCCACCCUCGCUAAAGACUAGCCUUAGCGCCGCAGUGUUUGGACCACAAAAAGAGGACCCCGAGGUGGGGAGGCGGGCCGAAGCUUUUUGUAAAUUAAGUUUCCUUUCCUUGCCUCCCCCCGCUCUCUUUUUGUCUGGACGGUUGGACGCGUCCGGCGCUCACGUCAUCCAUUGUUUACAAACCAACCGCAGCAGCAACAACAGCGUUUGAGAAGCGAGGGUACUCGAGAGAGCGCAGGAAGGCUCAUUGGUCGCUGCGGUAGCCGCGUGCGCCAAGCGGAGUAGGACUGCGGACAGGCGAGAAGCAACGAGCCGGCUGCGAUGCCUUGCCGGCCGCCGGGCGGAGAGGGCUUCCUGUUGCUGGAGCACGCCGUGUCUUUGCAGAGUGGCCCCGUCGGGGCAAGCAGCGGCUCUAAAGAAGUGGACGCCUUGGUGGCCAAGCUGGGCGAGGUGCUGCAGUUGAGCGCCCAGCACCGGACACCGCCUGCCCCUCGCCUCCUCCCGAAGCACCACGGCCGCGACCGAGCGGCUCCUUACUCGUCCCCCAGGGGGCUCGGCUUCUUAGCCUCACUGCACCACCGGCACCCGCCUCCCCACCAGCGCUCUGCGGCGUCGCUCUUGCUACUGCCUCCCCCGCCGCCGCCUACCACUGACCAGAAGGGCAGCCCUCGGGUCGCCAAGCAGCUGUGCGGACGGGGCUGGUUGAGGAGCGCAGCCCGGUCUGGGGGAAAGAAGCACCAUCACCACUCUCUGCUGUCUGCGGGCGAUGAUGACGAAGAGGACGACGACCCGCACCGGCUCUUGCAGGAGCUCAUCCUCUCCGGCAACCUCAUCAAGGAAGCCGUCCGACGAUUGCAACUGGCGGCCACGGCGGCAGCAGCGUCAUCCACGGCGGUAGUGGAGACAUCUACUACGGGCUCUCCCGGCUCUGGCUCGUCCACCGGAAGCUACUGCCACAGCAGUAGCGGAGAAGGAGAUUCGGCAGCAGCCACAGCAUUCGCCGUCUCCUCUUUACAACCCUUGCCCUAACCUUUCCGGAAUGCAGCCGGCCCCACAGAUCGCCGCCAGCCCCCUCCCCCUUCCAACAAGCCACGGGGGAGCAUGUGGACGAGAUUUUGUUCCCCCCAACACACACACAAAAUGGAGAGGGGACGCAAACGCGACGGCGACGAGGCGCGACGGCGAAUCUUUCGAACAGAUUAUCAAGGCAACGCCGUAUAUACUUGAAGCAGACUUUUCUGUUCUUUGCUAUGACGUUUAACGAUUGUUGCCCUUUGUCGCUUAUUACUGAUGGAGCCACGGGCCAGGCUGCUACUGACUCUGACUUUCCCUCUCUUUAUUAAGAAAAUUGUGGUGCUAUGCAGCCUUGGACGGUUGCCCUUCCAGUCUCUCCCGUCUACCAGUUAAUAGCCAGCCAAGAUGACCCCGAAUCUCUCCCGCGCCAGGAUUUGUGCUUUCUGUCUGGACGCUAGUGCCCUACCUCUGCAGUUGCCUGCUCUUGGGGGGGAGGCACAAAAAAGAAAAAAAGGGGUCAUCCCGCCAUGGCAUUGUCUAGUGUGAAAUCAUUCUCAGGCACACAUGGCAUGUUACUUCAGAUGGGGCGGGGAGCUAAAUAGUAAAGGCAUGUCAGAUGUUUCUAUUGAAAAGGGAGGGCGGAGCCAGUGCACUAUCUAAUGCAAACAUGAAUUGGUUUGCAGAACUGCGCUCCCCUCUUUCUGCCAAGGUCACCCCUUUCUGCAUCUCCCAUCCAGGCUGUUUGUUCAUGUUGUGCUCCGCAGGCAGUUGGGAGAUUGUAAUCCUAUCCCAGCUUGUUUUGACUGGGCUGUGGGCGAACCCUGCCUGUUUUGUAAGGGCUGGGAGUCUCCUGAGGACACACGCCUUGCCAUCCCAGUUGUUGUGCUUUUCUCUCCCCCCCCCUUUCUUUCCAAAAGCUCCUCCUCUCCCUACAAACAGGAUUCUGAGAAAGGAGGUCGCAUUACAGCAGUCUUUCUAAGAAAUCUCUCCCCUCCCUGCCCACUCACUGUCCCUGAUUGCCAUAACCAACUCUCUGGGGCUCUCCCGAGCAAAGGGCAUUGGGUUUGCCUCUUUGAUACCUAUUUGCAAGCUGUUUCUUUGGGGAGUCAAUCCUCUGACAAAGAAAAAAAGAAGAAACCUUGUCUCUUGUUUCAGGUUGUCUCACUAGAACCAUUUGCAAUAAAUCUAAAUUCUGUUUCUGGAGGCUCCCCUUUCCCUUCCCUCUUAGGCUUUCAUUGUUUUAUUUUUACGUAUAUUUUCUGUUUUGCAGCUGCAUGAAGCAGUUUUUAAAAUGUGAAUAUUAAUGCUGGAAAACGGCUGGCUAUCAUGUAGUUGAGGGACUGAGGACGAAGAGGCACGUUCACAGAAGGUAGCUAAAAAUAAGCCUUUUUUAAAAAUAUAAUUAAAAGCAAAAAUAACUAAAUACACACAAAACCUCAAUGGCUUAAUCAGCAGAAGCGGCUGUUGACUAUAUAUAUAUAUAUAAAUAUAUACACUUCGUAACGGAGUGUUGGGAAUUGUGUUCCUGGUUUUCAGGGCUGGUCUUUAAUAUGUCUGUAUUGAAUAAACGUGGUAGACUUUUAUAUGAAAGAGAAAA